UCAUCUCACGAACAUAUUCCAUGAAAAAACCGAAUUGGAGAUCGAGAAAAUGGAGAAAAUGGUGGGAGCAGAAUAUCUAACACCACCGAACGAGCACCGCUUUCUCCUGCACUACUUCUCGUUCGAAAACCCAAGAUUUCAGUACUGAUUUCACUCUUUGCCCAAUCAACCCCUUCUCGCUUUGAGUGCACUGUAAUCCGUGUAUAUCCAAUUAUUCUUCCUUUCAGCUCCGUCUCUCCUGUUCGACAUCUCCAGGUUACUAUUUUAUUUUUCGAAUCACGGACCUCAGUAGCUGAUACAAAAUUCUAAUACUGCCUUCUGGUGAGGUAGCUUUGAAAUACAAAGGCAAACGAAAGCUUGGCAAGUGCAAGUUCCCGGACCUUUGUUUUCUGAUUCGUCCCAUUUAUAGUCAGGAAAACUAUGGAUUUGGAUGGAAGCAGCAGUUUAGUGGUCCCUGAAGGAUCUGGAUCAAUUCCAGCCGGACAUGUACAAGCAAGGAGACAUACAGCCUAUUAUCAUUUUACACAACAGAGCCUCCCAGCUUGUAAGCCUGUGUUGACACCUACAUGGGUUAUUACAGUUUUUCUUUUAAUGGGAGUUCUUUUCAUUCCUGUUGGGCUUGUUGUCCUUCAUACUUCCCGCAGUGUUGCUGAAAUUGUAUACAGAUAUGAUGCUGAAUGUGUACCCCUGUCAUAUAAAAAUAAUAUGGUGGCAUAUAUUAAAGAUAGUUCAUCUCCUAAACUUUGUUCUGCAUCCUUAAAGGUCAACAGAACUAUGAAAGCUCCAAUUUAUAUCUACUAUCAACUAGAUAACUACUAUCAAAACCACCGAAGGUAUGUCAAAAGCAGAAGUGAUAAGCAGCUCUUACAUGGACUGGCCUACAACGAUACAAGUUCCUGCAAACCAAUACAGUCGCAUAAUGGUCUUCCAAUUGUUCCUUGUGGGUUGAUAGCAUGGAGUUUGUUCAAUGACACAUAUAUGUUUGCCCUUGGGAGUUCUGAAUUGAAGGUGAACAGGAAGAACAUUGCAUGGAAAAGUGACCGUGAGCAUAAAUUUGGAAAGCAUGUAUAUCCUUUCAACUUCCAAAAUGGAACCUUAAUUGGAGGAGGAAAUCUAGAUCCAAAUAUUCCUUUGAGUGAUCAUGAAGAUCUAAUUGUCUGGAUGCGCGCUGCUGCUCUUCCAAGCUUUAGAAAGUUAUAUGGUAGAAUUGAAGAAGAUUUGCAUGCUGAUGAUGUUCUAGAUAUCAAGAUAAUGAACAACUACAAUAGUUACAGCUUUGGUGGUAGAAAGAAGCUUGUCAUUUCAACAUCAAGCUGGUUGGGGGGAAGAAAUGAUUUCCUUGGAGUUGCCUACAUUUUUGUGGGAUCUUCUUCGCUCUUGAUUUCUAUUUUCUUCACAUUGUUACACAUGAAAUCGAGGCCCUAUGGUGAAACAAACUAUUCAACUUGGAUUAAAAGAAGCAGUUCUGGUUAAUGGUUUUUAUUGGUUCGAGUUAAGGAACUAGAGCAGAAGGUUUCCAUAGAAUCGAGCACACGUUUUGUUCUUAUGGGGUGUAAGUUACAAAGAAAGAAUGAUUUAGGUAUACUCGUUGGAGCGUGACUGUUCAUUAGCCGGUUAUCUUUUCAUUUCAAUCCUGGAUAAACAAACAUUUCAAUAUUGCCAGGGUUGAAUGUGGGAACCAUUUUUCUUUGUAAAUUUGUUUGUACUAGCUCGAUCCAUAAACAGCACAGAUGUAUUAAAUGGACAUUUCUAACAUGAUAUUUUGUAGUGGAA